AUGUCAGAAAAGAAGCCUCGGAGCUCAGACACUCGUCCCAAAAGUGGCCUCCGCAGCUGGAGUGCAGACAGCUACAUCUUCCGGGGAAAGAAACGUUCCCGUAGCUCUCACAGUGGUUCAAGUCCUGGAGGGGUGGAUGCAGAUGGCACAGAGGAGGUGGGUAUCCGGUCAACAUCCUGCCCGAGGCGACGCAGAGAGAGAAAGUGUAGCUGCAGCACUUUGGGGGACUCCCUGACACCAGACGUCAUGUGUCGGAAGGCCUUGUCUCACCGCUCCCUUCGGCAGAAAUUCCAGGAUGCCGUGGGACAGUGUUUUCCUCUGCGCUCUCACCAUCACCACCAUCAUCAUCAUCACCACCUGAUGGGCUCCUCACGUCCCUUCUCAGUGCUCUUCUGGUCCAAACGCAAGAUUCACGUCUCGGAGCUCAUGCAGGACAAGUGUCCCUUCUCACCGAAGUCUGAACUUGCCCGCUGUUGGCACUUGAUUAAAAAUCACACCUCCCAUCCAGGUGCCAUCAAGGAUAUGGACGCUCCCCUCAGACCCAGUGUCUCUACCUCCUCUACCUCCCCACCAGUGACACCUCUCUCCUGGGAUGACAUCUGCUGCUCCCCUGGGCCUGGAAACACCAGCCUGGAUGACUGGGAUCCUUCUUGCCCUCAUAAGGGAGCAGAAGGCAGCUGUGGCCACACUGAUUACAUCCUGGUCCCAGAUCUUCUCCAGAUCAACAACAGCUCUUGCUACUGGGGUGUGCUGAACCGAUUUGAAGCAGAGGAACUCCUUGAAGGCCAACCAGAGGGCACCUUCCUCCUCAGAGACUCGGCCCAGGAUGAAUUCCUGUUUUCAGUUAGCUUUCGUCGUUAUAGCCGCUCUUUGCAUGCGCGCAUUGAGCAGAACGGCAAGCGCUUCAGCUUUGAUGUGCGUGACCCGUGCAUGUACCGGGACCCGAGCGUGACAGGACUACUGAGACAUUACAGUGAUCCAGCUACCUGCCUCUUCUUUGAACCCCUGCUGUCCCGGCCAUUACCCAGGACCUUCCCUUUCUCCCUGCAGCACCUCUGCAGGGCCGUAAUCUGCAGCUGCACCACCUACCAGGGUGUCGAGAGUCUGCCACUGCCGCCGCAACUCAGGGACUACCUCCGUCAGUACCACAUCAAGUGUGAUGGGGCCUGUGCCGUUUAA